AUGGUCGGGACAGGCAUCGUCUCCACGCCGUCCAACAUCCUCACCGGAACGGGCAGUGUCGGCUUGGCGCUCAUCUACUGGGUCAUCAGGCGGGCCUCCCCCGCACCGAGUUUCAUCAUCUUCAUCCUCGAAAACCUCUUCCUCACCGUCAUGCCAUGGGUCCCGCCGAAGGGUACGACCCAGUCAACGUCCUUGAAUUUCUUCUACGCCACGCCUGCGAUCGUCGCUGUCGGCGUUGUCACCAUCAUGAUCGUGUACUACUAG